AUGGCUAGCUUCCAGCACGACGAUAGCCCGCAGAGGAAGAGCGACACCAAUGUUGCUAUAACGCUGGACGAAAUUGUGCACCGCGAGCGCGAUUUGGGUUUCGUCGAUGCUGUCAAAUUGUAUCCGGCCGCUGUAGUUUGGUCAAUGUUCGUAUCCAUUGGCGUGGUGAUGCUGGCGUUUGAUCCACAGCUUCUAGGCAACUUUUUUGCGAUGCCGCAAUUUCAAAAAGCUUUCGGCUAUCUGUACAAUGGUGCUGCAUGGCAAAGUGGCCUCUCGAUGGGCAAUCCUAUCGGCCAAGUCAUCGGCCCUCUGGUUGCCGGCUAUCCCAUGGACAAGUUCGGUCCUAGAAGAACUUUUGGUGCUUGCGUACUGCUGACCGCAGGGCUUGUCUUUAUCCAGUUCUUCGCCCGUUCGUUGACGGCGCUCCUGGUGGGGGAACUUCUCAGCGGUCUCGUCCUCGGCUGUUACGUUGUCAUAGCCCCAGCGUACGCCUCGGAGGUCUGUCCAAUGGCCCUGCGCGGCCAUCUCACUUCCUUCGUUAACCUUUGCUUCGUCAUUGGCCAGCUUCUUGCCAACGGCAUCACCACCAGCACUAGCCAGCUGGAUAACCACUGGGCCUACUCUAUCCCCUUUGCACUGCAGUGGUUCUGGGUGCUCAUCAUCCUGCCGGGCAUAAUCUUCAUUCCCGAAAGUCCUUGGUGGCUUGUUCGCUGCGGCCGCAUGGCCGAUGCCGAGUGUGCCUUGCGCCAGCUAACCUCUCUCUCGUCGUCUUCGUCUAGACGUCACACCAACGAUGUUGACGUUGCAGCUGCCCUGGCUGCCAUUGCCGAGACCGACCGUCUUGAGCAGGAGCUAGAGGCUGGUAGCACCUACUACGACUGCUUCCGCGGCGCUAAUUUGCGUCGUACCGAGAUUGCCGUCGGCGUCUACUGCGCCCAGGUCCUCAGUGGGACUUACCUUGUCAACUACGGAACGUACUUCUUCACUCUGGCGGGCCUGCCGACCAACCGUGCCUUUGACAUGGGCAUAGGAUUCCUAGCGGUCGGCUUUGUGUCCACCAUUCUUUCUUGGUUUCUUCUUGCUCACUGGGGUCGCCGCACGAUCUUCCUUGGUGGCUUGAUUGCCCUGGCCGUGCUUAUGCUGGUCAUCGGAAUCCUUGAUUGCGUUCCUGGUCGGCCUCACGGCGUCGCCUGGGCCGAGUCCUCUCUCAUGCUGAUAUGGAAUUUUGCCUAUGACCUAACUAUUGGUCCGGUGUGUUUCGUCAUUAUAUCCGAGUGCUCGGCCACCCGUGUCCGUUCCAAAAGCAUCUCUGUCUGUACUGCCGCCCAAGCAGUCCUGGGUAUUGUGAUGACUGUGGCCAUCCCCUACAUGAUCAACCCAGACGAGGCUAACAUGCAGGGAAAACUCGGCUUCUUCUUUGGUGGCCUGGCCUUCCUCUGUCUGAUUUGGACCUAUUUUCGCGUACCUGAAACUGCCGGUCGAACCUAUGAGGAGUUGGACAUUCUCUUUGAUCGCCGUGUUCCAGCGUGGCAGUUCAAGGAUUACCAGAUCAACCGGCCUGAAGAUGCCGAAGCUUUGUGA